AUGUUAUUUGGUCUUGGGAGGCAGGCUGCUAUGGACAUCACGGCAAAGUAUUGCAAUAAAGAAAUGGAGGCAUAUGGGUCAUGUGUGGCCUCCAACCCAUCAACAUGGCAGUCAAAGUGUCAUGAACUGAAGAUAAAGGUUGCACAGUGCACAUCAUCCCACCCAGUGAUUCAGAAGAUCAGACAAGAGUGUUCAGGGGAGUUUGUCGAGUUUGAGCGCUGCCUGAGAGAAAACCAGGACAAACCUACCUCCUGCUCCCCUCAUGUAGCUCGCUUUCUGGCCUGUGCAGAGACAGUAGACCUCAGUGGAGCGGGUCUGUCCCUCCCACACUUGCCCUCUCCAGGUCUGAGUCAGAGUCAAAUAUUAAACUAG